AUGUCGGCUCUCAGGAUGAGCAGGGGCUCAGUGCCCCCCCCUCGAAAUGUCCAGCAAAUCACCAAAUCCGCUCAAGAGUAUGAAUAUGACGCCGAAAUCCCCCUACGGUACUGGCUUCGGUCUGCGCAAGCGAUGCUAAAACAGGCAGAGGUUUAUAUUCGUGAAGGCGACGAAGAGACGACAUACCUUCUCCUGUUCAGACAUGCCCACCUCAUUCUGUCGCAGUUGCCGGCUCACCCGCAAGCUCGGGACAAAGCGAAUAAACUGCUGUUAAAAGAGGCAGAGAAAGAAGUCAACGCAAACUUCAAGGUCCUGGACCUGCUGAAGCCCCGAAUCAACGAACGGUACGAGCGUUACGUCAAACUCAAAAUAGAGAGCGAGGCAAGGCGAAGCGCACAAGCGCAGGACCAGUAUGCCAGUGACCCUGCGAGUCUACGGCCGGCCCAGACACAAAGACCCCAACAACUCCAGGCACAUGAAAACAAGGAGCUAGCAGUCAGACUCUUGCAAAAGGAGAAUUCUAGAAGAGCCGCGAGUCGACAGGCGACGCAGACGUCUGGGAACGAUGCAGAGGACUUGUCCCGAAGGCUGCAGGAAAUUCGAGCCCGAGUUGAAGGGAGGUCAAAUUUCUCUUUGCAGGGUACCGAACGCCGGCCGCUUGCAUCUAUGGGCAGCAACGUGACAUAUCAGUAUCCGAGUAUCCCUGCCCAUCAUAAUCAGCCCGUGCUGAGUUCUCCAUUACCUCACGUACUAUCUCCCAGCGUGCCAAAGGGAAUUCCAGUAUUACCUCCAGCACUACCACCGAAACCUGGCAGCAGUGUCGCGGUGGUGCCGCCUCGUCCUGAAAAGUUGACAGAACAGCAGCCUGCAGCAAGAACACAGACACCAGAACCGGUGCACAUCUUUGCUCCUGCAGCCUAUCUCGAGAAUGGCACACCAUUACGGACCAUAUUCCUUCCGCCAACCUUGCGGACAACUUUUCUGCGACUGGCUCACAAAAACACGUUGGCCAAUUUGGAGACGUGCGGGUUCCUUGGUGGGACGCUGAUCGCCAACGCCUUCUUCAUUAGUCGUCUCAUUAUUCCCUCGCAAACGGCAACAUCGGAUACGUGUGAGAUGACAAAUGAAUCACAGCUCUUUGACUAUGUGGAUUCGGAGGAUCUUAUGAUCCUUGGCUGGAUACAUACACAUCCUACCCAGACGUGUUUUAUGAGCAGCCGAGACUUGCAUACUCACGCGGGAUAUCAGAUGAUGCUGGCAGAGAGCGUGGCCAUUGUGUGUGCUCCGAGCAAGGGAGACACAACUCACGGUGGCGACUGGGGAGUAUACCGUCUAACCGAUCCUCCAGGGAAGAAGACCAUUCUCAGCUGUGAACAGCCGGGAAUCUUCCAUCCGCACAAUGUUGAGAAUAUCUACACUGACGCGCUCCGACCUGGACACGUCGUGGAGGCGAAAGGGAUGGAAUUUGAGGUGGUGGAUCUUCGAGAUAAGUGA